AGCCCCAAGCACCCUGUAACAGAGCUUAAAGAGCUCUGAGCCUUAUUCCCUGGCCCGCCUGUGCUUGGAAGGUUCACCCAGUCGGGGCUCCUAUCCCAUCCCAGGUGUACAAACUGCUGACCACAGGCAGACACCGUGCUACCCAAAGCGAUACUGAGGGCCCCUCCCUGAAGAUUCUUCCAGGCCAAGUGGGUCCUGAAUGUCCUAGGACUAAGGAUGUUGGUGGACUUCCAGAAGGGCCCCCCAAAGCCCUAACUUCUCCAGUCAAGGCCUGCGUCUUAGCUGAGCCCCCACACCAAGCCUCUGAUGACAGGAAACCAUUCUGCUGAGAAACCAUGGGAAGUCAGCCCAGCAGAGGGAAAACCCUGCCAAGCCCAAGCUCCAGCCCCUCUGUUCAAGACCAGGACCCUGUACCCAUGCAACCAGAGAGGAGCAAGGCCACAGCCGUGGCCCUGGGCAGUUUCCCGGUAGGCGAGCAGGCAGAACUGUCACUGAGACUGGGGGAGCCACUGACCAUCAUCUCUGAGGACGGAGACUGGUGGACUGUGCUGUCGGAGGUCUCGGGCAGAGAGUACAGCAUCCCCAGUGUCCACGUGGCCAAAAUCUCCCACGGGUGGCUGUAUGAGGGCCUGAGUCGGGAGAAAGCUGAGGAACUGCUGCUGCUGCCUGGAAACCCUGGCGGGGCCUUCCUCAUUCGGGAGAGCCAGACCAGGAGAGGCUGUUACUCCUUGUCAGUCCGCCUCAGCCGCCCUACAUCCUGGGACCGGAUCAGACACUACAGGAUCCAACGUCUUGACAAUGGCUGGCUGUACAUCUCGCAGCGUCUCACUUUCCCCUCACUCCAGGCGCUAGUGGACCAUUACUCGGAGCUGGCGGAUGGCAUCUGCUGCCUCCUCAAGAAGCCCUGUGCCCUGCGGAGAGCUGGCCUGGUCCCUGGCAAGGACAUACCCUUACCUGUAACUGUGCGGAGGGCGCCCCUCAAUUGGAAAGAGCUGGACAGCUCCCUCCUGUUCUCUGAAGCACCUGCCACAGGAGAGGCACCUCUCAUCAGCGAGGGGAUCCGGGAGGCCCUCAGCUCCUACAUCAGCCUGACUGACGACAUCUCCUUGGAUGAUACCAGAGUCAAGCAGAGGCCAAAAGGGGAAGCAAGACUGUAGCACAUAGACUCCUAAGUCAGCUCAGCCUGACUGCAUACCCAAGGCAAGGCUGUACAGAGUAAGGGGAGGGCAGGGACACACAGGCACAUUCAAGGUCCCACCUGUAUCCUUUGUUCCUUCCUCCCAGCCCCAAGAAAUCACAAACCUCCCUCCCAGUUUGUGUCAUGACCCUGCCUGCAACCUCUAGUUCAAGUACAGACCAGGGUCCGGGCUCCAAAAAGAGACUAAACUGCCCUGGCCGUUUUGACUCAGCGGUUAUAUCUUCGGCCCAUGGACCAAAGAAUCGUGGGUUCA